CAGAAGGCUUUUAGAGAAGAGAGAAGAGAAGAGUGGUCUUCCUCUGAAAACCCUCUCUCUCUCUCUCUUCUCUGUCUGCUCUCUCUCUCUGAAAACUGUGUCUAGAUUAGUAGAUUCCUCAAAGAAACUUUCGUAACUGCUCUGAAAUUUAUAGCAACUCGCCAGUCCUAUCUCUCCUCUUUGGGUAACCUCAUUUAUUUCAUGCCGAAGCCAGAUAAAUCAUCUCUCUCUCUGUUGAAUUCCUCCGUAUAGUCUCGUGAAAGUGGUAUAAAUACCUAUAGAUUUGCUAAGCCAAAGCACGAAACUAAAGAGAGACCCACUGAAGAAAACUUUUUCCGAAGAGGUGACGAAAGAUGUCGGAUCCCUCGGAAAAGAAGAGACCCUUUAUCAACCUGUCCCUUUUCACCAAUCUAUCUGAAUCGUUUUCAUCCGAUCAUGGCUCCAAAUCUCCCAACUCUUCUUCUCCUCUUAUGGACUUCAAUUUCAAGUCCCAGGCAAAAUCUCCGAGGAAUUAUUUCGAAGGAGAUGUUGUUGGGCUUGGAAUCGUCGCUGCUAUGAACGAGAAGAACGAUACCCAUGAAGCUUCUUACUCUGCUAAUAGCAAAACUGCCAAAAUAGCGGUUUCGCCAAGAUCACUGCCGAUUCCGAUCGUUCCCGCUAAACCCGUCUCCAAAUUUAGCCAACCCAUUUUGGAGACGGAUGAGAUGGAAUUGUCUGAGACCUACACUUGUGUAAUUUCUCAUUUUGGGAACAAUUCCAUCAAGAAACGCGAGUACUUCGAUGACAAGCCCCAAGUCACUGUCACUGCCGCCGCUGCCGUCGCUGGUGACAACUGGGGAUAUUCACAAGCCUUCCCUGUACCAUCACCACCCAUGUAUACUGGGGUGGUGGUGGGGACUGGAACCGGAUUUCAGGCUGCCAGUUUCUUGAACUUCUGCAAUCUUUGCAAGAAGAAGCUUCAUGGGCUGGACAUUUUCAUGUACAGAGGAGAUAAGGCUUUCUGUAGCGCAGAAUGUCGAUUCAAGCAGAUACUAAGCGAUGAGCACAACGAGAAACAUGUUUCUGGAGCACCGAUGUCUUUUGAUUACUCUGUUUCACCUUGUUCUGCUCCAGGGUUCUAUCUGGCGGGGGUUGCAGCGGCUUAAUAGAUCCUGAACCCAAAUAGUAAAUAAGACAAAGGAAAAAGAAUAAAAUUGGGGAGUUGAGGGUACCUCUGAGUAAUAGACAUCACCAUCACCGGCCUAAGAGAAAAAAUAUAGAGAGAGAAAGAGAGAACUUGAGAAAACUUCAGCAGAUCAUUGAUAUAGAUUGGGGGUUCAGCAAGAUAUUUAUUUUCUGAGAGGAGAAGAUUUGAGUGGAUAUGGAAUUGUUUGGACCCAAUUAUGGAUGAAUGAAAUUAAAGGCUUUCUGUUUUUUUUUUUUUUUUUUUUCUGGACAUUAUGGUUAUGGCAUUAUCAUUAUUAUGUACUCUAUUAUUAUUCACUUGAAUUUUACUGCCUGAGUAGCAAUUUUGAUA